AUGGGGGGCCUGGGCCUCGGGCAGCCGGGGGAGCUGCCCGCUGGGGAGCCUCUGUGGCCAGUGUGCGAGGGGCAGGAACGAGCCCGAGAUCGUCCAGACGGUGCCCGAGUUUUUGGAGGCUCUACUAUAUUCCAGCCUCACUUGGACAGGCUUGUCGUGCUGCCGCGUGGCGUAGAACUGCUGGGACAGCAGGGCGCUAUCCCAUCGGUGCUCAGCAAGACCGUGUCCCAGUCUCAGGAUAUGAGGGGCUUCCUCGCCAACAUUCCGAAGGAGGACCUGGACGCUGAGAGCUUCAGAGCACGCCUCUGGCACUACGGCGUGGUUGGCAAGGAGAAAGAGAUCAAGCGGGGAGACAAGAAACAGUCCCUCUGGGAGACGGCGCAGAGCUUCCGGAAGCAGGAGGACGCCGGGGAGAUCCCGCCGAAUGCCCCCGUGUACAUGUCGGAGCUGAGAUGGAUGAAGAAGGUCCGCCACCCCGUUGUGCCCGACGAGCACGUCAAGACGUCCACGUCUUGGGGCCUGGCGGAUUCGACGUGA